CAACAGCGCCCUCUGGUGGACGGCUGGGUUACAGGACGCUAAGACGAAGCAAAGAUGGAUCUGACGUUCAGUCCGCCGCUUCACAAGCAGAGACAUCAAUUUGUCGUCGAUUUUGUCAAGCGGAACAAACCCAAAAAGGUGGUGGACUUGGGCUGCGGUGAGUGUACCCUCCUCAAAAUGCUCAAGUUUCACCGCGAAAUUGAACUUCUGGUUGGAGUGGACGUGAACGGUGCCAAAGUCAAGAAAAAGAUGCAUGGAUUAGCUCCUAUAUCAACUGACUACCUGGAGCCGAGUUACGAUCAGCUGCGUGUUGAGCUGUACCAGGGCUCAGUCACCCAAAAAGAUGCCCGCCUCAAAGGAUUUGAUCUGGUCACCAGUAUAGAGCUCAUUGAGCACCUCACUCCUGCUGAUAUCGAGCUCUUCUCUGAGGUGGUAUUUGGUUACAUGACCCCAAAGACAGUCAUCAUCAGCACCCCAAACUCUGAGUUCAACAUCUUCCUGCCUGGAGUGUCCAAUUACAGGCACAGUGACCACAAAUUUGAGUGGACCAGAGCAGAGUUCAGAUCCUGGGCUAUGAAGGUGUCUUUGGACUACGGCUAUGAGGUGGAGUUCACUGGUGUUGGAGAAGCGCCACAGGGCCAACAGGAGGCAGUUGGGUUCUGUUCCCAGAUCGGUGUGUUUUACCAGCUCGGGGGGAGAGAUUGCUGCAAGACGUUGCUUGUCAAUGAUGCAGAGGAUUUGUUUUCAUAUACAUUGCUUUAUAGCAUAAACUACCCCAGCCUGUGUGACAACAACAUCUUGCGCAGGGUUCUGGUGAGUGAAGUCCUAUACUGGGCAGAAAAACUAAAGAAUAGAUGGAUGGAGGAACAGGCCGGCGGGAUAUGUGAUGCAGUUGCACUGUGUCAAACUGAGGAAGGAGCAUGUGCAGAGGAGAUGAAAGAUUUAAUGGAAUGGAGUGGUGCUUCAGACAGUGCUGAAAAACAAGGGUCCUGUACAUCAAGCAGGAUUGUGGCUGUACCACUGGAUGUGCUGUGGUCCUGCUGUCCUAAAGUCAGAAUGCUAAGUGGAAGCCUUUGUAAUCUCAAACAUCUGCUGAUGGAUGAGCCGAACAUUAAACUGAGCCAGGAUAGCUCUGCUGUGCUAGUAAAUCACUGGGAACAAGACCAGGAAGAUGACUACAAUUUGGAUGACAGUGGGUAUCCAGAGGCCAGUCUGCACAGCAACAGUGCUGAGCAAGAGGAAGACUGGGAGGCAAAUGAUUGAUGUGGAGGAUGUUUUCCAGGUAUAUGUCAGUGUGAUUACUGGGUUCAUAAUAAAUAUGAGAAAAACUUCA